GCGCUGGGGAGAGAGCAGGGACAGCAAGCCUGGCGGAUGCGGUAGCGGCGGAGCGCGGCUGGGGAGACGCUGCUCCAACUGUUGAAUUUUCAUCUUUCAUUUCCUCCGCUGUUUUGCUUGAGGAGACGGAUUUAUUUGCUUUGAAAUCAGCACGUCUUUCGCGGACUGUGGGCUGAUCCUGACAGGCACCAGACUGAGAGAGACCACCCGUGACAAAAAGGAGGAAAAAAAAAAAAAGCUUGUCCACAGCAGACUGCACAAUUAACUAUGCACAUCGGGGCUGGACUUUGUGAAUAGAGAACACUGAGAGAAAAAUCUUGAACUGUAAUGCGGGACUAAGCUGUGAACAGUCACCGGAAACCUACUUAUUUUUCCAAUACUCUGAAAGAUUUUGGGGUGCCUCACGCCUAACGAAGAGGAAAUUAAAAAAUAUAUAUAUACAUAGACCUAGCAAAAGCAGACGCCUUGUUUUCCAGAACCCCCGGCAUCCGGCAGAAAGAGGUAGAGUAAAAGUGCUGCUGGAUUCAGCUUCACCUCCCUCCUUCCCUCCCUCCCUUUCUCUCGCUUUUUCUUUUUUCUCCAAAACAUGAAUCUGUUUUUUCUUUCUCGAGAGUGAGUCAGAGAAAGCGUUAGGAAGAAGCUGCAACUAAUGUCUGUGAAGGGAGGACCAGGAGUGGAGAGUGAAUGCGAUUCGUUCCUCAGCUUCUGACUCAUCGGGUAGCUCGGAACACCUGCAUUUCUGGAUGUGUCAUUCCCAUAUGUCCAGGCGCCUGGAGAACCCAAAAUAACGUGUAGACAGACCUGUGCCCUAGAGCCCCUUGGAAGGAGCUCCCCGAGGUGGGCGCCCCUGGCUGGACCGCCGCGGCCGCAGCUCCUAGCCCCGGCCUCCCCGAGCUGCCCAAGCGAGACUGUGCGAGAGCGAGACUGCAGAAUGCAUCACGCCAAAGCUUGAUGUGUAUUUCUUUCAUCCAGCCCACUCGUCCUACUAUUAAAAAAAAAAAAAAAAAAACUAAAGAAAAAAAAACACUGCACUUUUUUCCGGUUCAAAUAUUCCCCACUCUUAUUCCUGGCCAAGGUUUUCCCUUCUAGAUGAAGAGGACUGGGAAGGCAGGGCCAUUGGCAGGAGAUGCUGAAUAGAAAGAAAAGGGAGGCACUUGACAGCCCAGCCCUGUGAAUGCAGAGACUGUUUCCCUUCUAGCGAGAGACAGGGAGAGUGUGUGUGCGAGGACUCGGAGGGUGGCUCUCCCUUCUUUUUGAUUCCGCCUCCCCCUCCCCCUUCAGAUCAGCACGUCCAACCAUGAGUUGCCUGUUGAUUUCUUUUCGCCUGAGAAGCAAAGCAAACUGGAAUUAAACUGCAGAGAGAGAAGUCCUUGCUCGCGGGGGAGAGGAUGGGAUGGUAGUAGCGGCUACUGGUUUGGCGUAGGGAAAUCACAGAUCGUGUGCUCCACGAGCAGGGGCGGAGAUCUACGUAUAUAUUUCCCCCCUCCCGAUAGACUCACCCCGCAAACGCUGAUCAGACUGUGGCUUGCUGGAUUUCAGGGGAGAGCCUUUUCCGAGGAAGAGAGGGAGGAGCCUGGUGGAGGGAGGAAACUACAAAUCGGGACACUAGUUCUUUGCGCUGCAUUUCCUCCCCUCCCUUUGGCUGCUCAGGAGGGAGAGAGACAAAUACGCUUGGCUGGGAGAUGCAGUCCGCCGCUGCCGCCGCUGCCUCGGCCAGAAAUGCUAGAUUAGGUCUCUAAAUGCAGCAAAACACUGCGUGAAAACAGCCCAGCCCGCGCAGCGAGGAGACACUGCACAGGGCGCCGGGGAAGCUUCCAAAUCUAUCAGCGACUCUGUCUUCGCGGCUCCCGGUCCCCAUCAAUUUCAUCCAGGGAGGCGAGUAACAACUAAGGAUUUCACUUUCCGAUUUGCCUGGAGACACACCUCCCCGCUCCCGCCCCCACCCGAAGUGAAGAGUAUUCCGGAGGCUGCGGGCGGGACUGGAUUUGCAGCGCCCUAGCGGGAGCGAGGAACACCUACGGAUUCCUUAGCUCAUUCUCAUCCCUCCCAGACGCGAUUUCCUUCUUAUCGCCAGCCUCGUCGCUCAAGUUUGCGCCGCCCGAAGUCCGGCGACAGAGACAAAGCCCCGGGCUAGCCCCCAGCCGCAGGGAGCCGCCGGCUCGCUCCGCGUUCCUGCAGUUCCCCGCGCCCCUGCUUCUCGAACAGUGCGGAUGCUGUAGAUCAACAGGUUCGGGAACUUGAGCAGAAUCAGGAGAGCCAGCCCGGUGCCGCAGCCGUAGCGCGGAGGGAAGCAAGGACCCACAAGCUCGCGGCUCGAGUCGCACGCGCGCGCUGCGCCCCGGCCGCAGGCUGGCGCGCACCCACCGGCUCGCCCCUCCAGUCCGGCUGCUUCUGCCCUCACCCCACCGGUCUGGAAUGUACCUUUCCAUCUGUUGCUGCUUCCUUCUCUGGGCCCCUGCCCUGACGCUCAAAAACCUCAACUACUCCGUGCCGGAGGAGCAAGGCGCCGGCACGGUGAUAGGCAACAUCGGCAAAGAUGCUCGGCUCCAGCCAGGGCUUCCGCCCGCGGAGCGCGGCGGCGGCGGGCGCGGCAAGUCGGGCAGUUACCGGGUGCUGGAAAACUCGGCGCCGCACCUGCUGGACGUGGACGUAGACAGUGGGCUUCUCUACACCAAGCAGCGUAUCGACCGCGAGUCCCUGUGCCGCCACAACGCCAAGUGCCAGCUGUCCCUCGAGGUGUUCGCCAACGACAAGGAGAUUUGUAUGAUCAAGGUGGAAAUCCAGGACAUCAACGACAAUGCGCCUUCUUUCCCCUCGGACCAGAUAGAAAUGGACAUCUCGGAGAACGCGGCCCCAGGCACUCGCUUCCCGCUCACCAGUGCCCACGACCCCGACGCCGGCGAGAACGGACUCCGCACCUACUUGCUCACCCGCGAUGACCACGGCCUUUUCGCGGUGGAUGUCAAGUCCCGCGGCGAUGGCACCAAGUUCCCGGAGUUGGUCAUCCAGAAGGCGCUGGACCGCGAGCAGCAGAACCACCACACGCUCGUGCUGACGGCCCUGGAUGGAGGUGAGCCCCCGCGCUCCGCCACCAUGCAGAUCAAUGUGAAAGUGAUCGACUCCAACGACAACAGUCCAGUCUUUGAGGCGCCUUCCUACAUGGUGGAGCUGCCCGAGAACGCCCCUCUGGGCACCGUGGUCAUCGACCUGAACGCCACCGACGCCGACGAGGGCCCCAACGGCGAAGUGCUCUACUCUUUCAGCAGCUAUGUGCCCGACCGCGUGCGGGAGCUCUUCUCCAUCGACCCCAAGACCGGCCUGAUCCGUGUCAAGGGCAACCUGGACUAUGAAGAAAACGGGAUGCUGGAAAUCGACGUGCAGGCCCGAGACCUGGGGCCCAACCCCAUCCCGGCCCACUGCAAGGUCACUGUCAAGCUCAUCGACCGCAACGACAACGCGCCGUCCAUCGGUUUCGUCUCCGUGCGCCAGGGGGCGCUGAGCGAGGCCGCCCCUCCCGGCACAGUCAUCGCCCUGGUGCGGGUCACCGACCGCGACUCAGGCAAGAACGGGCAGCUGCAGUGCCGUGUCCUGGGCGGAGGGGGCACGGGCGGCGGUGGUCUGGGCGGGCCCGGGGGAUCUGUACCCUUCAAGCUUGAGGAGAAUUAUGACAACUUCUACACGGUGGUGACUGACCGCCCGCUGGACCGCGAGACGCAGGACGAAUACAAUGUGACGAUCGUGGCGCGGGAUGGGGGUUCGCCCCCGCUCAACUCCACCAAGUCGUUCGCAGUCAAGAUACUGGACGAGAAUGACAACCCGCCUCGUUUCACUAAGAGUCUCUACGUCCUGCAGGUGCACGAGAACAACAUCCCAGGAGAGUACUUGGGCUCCGUGCUCGCCCAGGACCCCGACCUGGGGCAAAACGGCACAGUGUCCUACUCCAUACUGCCCUCGCACAUCGGCGACGUGUCCAUUUACACCUACGUGUCCGUGAACCCCACCAACGGGGCCAUCUACGCCCUGCGCUCCUUCAACUAUGAGCAGACCAAGGCUUUUGAGUUCAAGGUGCUGGCUAAGGACUCAGGGGCACCCGCGCACUUGGAGAGCAACGCCACUGUAAGAGUGACAGUGCUGGAUGUGAACGACAACGCGCCGGUCAUCGUGCUGCCCACUCUGCAGAACGACACGGCCGAGCUGCAGGUGCCUCGCAACGCUGGCCUGGGCUACCUGGUGAGCACUGUGCGCGCCCUCGACAGCGACUUUGGCGAGAGCGGGCGCCUCACCUACGAAAUCGUGGACGGCAACGACGACCACCUGUUCGAGAUCGACCCGUCCAGUGGCGAGAUCCGCACGCUGCACCCCUUCUGGGAAGACGUGACCCCCGUGGUGGAGCUGGUGGUGAAGGUAACCGACCACGGCAAGCCCACCCUGUCCGCGGUGGCAAAGCUCAUCAUCCGCUCAGUGAGCGGCUCCCUGCCCGAAGGGGUGCCCCGGGUGAAUGGCGAGCAGCACCACUGGGACAUGUCGCUGCCGCUCAUCGUGACUCUGAGCACUAUCUCCAUCAUCCUCCUAGCGGCCAUGAUCACCAUCGCGGUCAAAUGCAAGCGGGAGAACAAGGAAAUCCGCACUUACAACUGCCGCAUCGCCGAGUACAGCCACCCGCAGCUGGGCGGGGGCAAGGGCAAGAAGAAGAAGAUCAAUAAAAAUGACAUCAUGCUGGUGCAGAGCGAGGUGGAAGAGAGGAACGCCAUGAACGUCAUGAACGUGGUGAGCAGCCCCUCCCUGGCCACCUCCCCUAUGUACUUCGACUACCAGACCCGCCUGCCCCUCAGCUCACCCCGGUCCGAGGUGAUGUAUCUCAAACCGGCUUCCAACAACCUGACUGUCCCACAGGGGCACGCGGGCUGCCACACCAGCUUCACCGGACAAGGGACUAAUGCGAGCGAGACCCCCACCACUCGGAUGUCCAUAAUUCAGACAGACAAUUUUCCCGCAGAGCCCAAUUACAUGGGCAGCAGGCAGCAGUUUGUUCAAAGUAGCUCCACGUUUAAGGACCCAGAAAGAGCCAGCCUGAGAGACAGUGGGCACGGGGACAGUGAUCAGGCUGACAGUGACCAAGACACUAACAAAGGCUCCUGCUGUGACAUGUCUGUUAGGGAGGCACUCAAGAUGAAAACGACUUCAACUAAAAGCCAACCUCUUGAACAAGAACAAGAAGAGUGUGUUAAUUGCACAGAUGAAUGCCGAGUGCUUGGUCAUUCUGACAGGUGUUGGAUGCCACAGUUCCCUGCAGCCAAUCAGGCUGAAAAUGCAGAUUACCGCACAAAUCUCUUUGUACCCACAGUGGAAGCUAAUGUGGAGACUGAGACUUACGAAACUGUGAAUCCCACUGGGAAAAAGACUUUUUGUACAUUUGGAAAAGACAAGCGAGAGCACACUAUUCUCAUUGCCAAUGUUAAACCUUAUUUAAAAGCCAAACGUGCCCUGAGCCCUCUCCUCCAAGAGGUUCCCUCAGCAUCCAGCAGCCCGACCAAGGCAUGCAUUGAGCCUUGCACCUCAACAAAAGGCUCUCUGGAGGGUUGUGAAGCGAAACCCGGAGCCCUGGCCGAAGCAAGCAGCCAGUACUUGCCCACUGACAGUCAGUAUCUGUCACCCAGUAAGCAACCAAGAGACCCUCCCUUGAUGGCGUCUGAUCAGAUGGCAAGGGUCUUCGCGGAUGUGCAUUCCAGAGCCAGCCGGGAUUCCAGUGAGAUGGGUGCUGUUCUUGAGCAGCUCGACCACCCCAACAGGGAUCCGGGCAGAGAGUCGGUGGACGCCGAGGAAGUCGUGAGAGAAAUUGAUAAACUUUUGCAGGACUGCCGGGGAAAUGACCCCGUGGCUGUAAGAAAGUGAGGGGAAAAAAAAAAAAGGCAUUGGCAUUUUCUUGUCUCUUCUGUUGAUUUAAAAAUGAUCCCUCCUGGUGACAACCCGUUUCACAGGGAUGAAGAAAGACCAAUGCUGCUUUAAGGCUUUUAGUGAACAUCUGAAGUGCCCACAAGUAUGUUGUUUUCACUGCUGUUUCUUUUUCAGAGAUAACAAUGGGUUUGUUUUGACCAAACUUAUCUUAGGACAGAGUUAACGAUGCCUAAAGAGGAAAGAAAAAAAAAAAAAAAUGAGAAG